GAGAGAGAGACCAAAGUGGGGUUAGCUUGACUGUCACUGCAGUAAGAUGUUCGCAAUACAAGCCUCGCACUGAGCAUUUUUCCGCGUAUUGGUUGUUUUUGACAUCAGCUGCUGGACCGAACUGGGUGCUGCUCUGCUCUUUGGGGGGAGGGCUCAGGCAUGACUGCGGUCGCCGUUGUCUGUGACAGGGAAACCCUCACUUGGUAGAACUAAAGUUGCUGCAAUGGAGACUUCAUGGAAAGACGCAUACUAUGAAAUGGACCAUCUGCCUCCCCUGCUCGAAGAUGAGGAGAAUGUUUCUCUGGCAGACAUCCUGACUUUGCGAGACAGCUGUCUGUCUGAGGAGGACGUGUGGGCAGUGUGUGCGGAGUGUGUCCUGGCUCUGCAGAGCAUUCGACCCUCCCACCUCUUCCACACUUUGUGCAUCACCCCAGACACUCUGGCCUUCAAUGCACAUGGGAAUGUUUGCUUUAUGGAGCAACUUAGCGAUGAUCCUGAGGGAUUAUUUGUGCCUCCAGAGUUUGAUAGUACAGGGAACACAUUUGAGGGCCAUGUUUUUUCUCUGGGCUCAACUCUGUCGGCUGCAUUGACUUUUGUGAUCGAACCAGAACUGGAAGCUGAGCUGGAUGAAGAAACUCAUAAGCUGUUGGAGAAAAUGCAGGCGAAGAAACCAGAGAAUAGACCACUCAUACAGGACAUCCUGUUUCAGGCUCAAACACGGCUGCCCCACACCUCGUCUGCAGCUGUGUGUCGUAAAUUGUCUUCUGUUGGACGGCGUGUGCUCUCCAUUGAAUCAAUAUCAAAUUUCCAAGAUGGACAAGAGAGCGGUGAGGCAAUUUGGCAACACUCAAAAUCCAAAAGACAGAGUUCCUAUGAUAUGAGCAAAGACUUUACUGUGAACACUGCUUUCAAGGCAAACGGUCUUUCCAGACACCAGGUAUGCGUGGGUUGGGACUCCUCCCUCUGGGCUGAGGAUGCAGAUAAUGCUGACAGAUACUGCAGGGGCUCAGGAGAUGAUCAGGACUGCCGUUCUCACAAUAGUUCCCCAGUGAGGGUGAAAGCACAGAGGAGAUUCAACAGGACGAAGGGGGUGCUAAAUCGCUCCUGCUCUGUCCCUGACUCCAACAACCCACCUGGUCCCACUCCACCACAUGGAAAUAUCAGCGUACCCGUAUCAGACCUAACAGAGAUCGGAGCGGAUGAACAUUUGUGUUGCAAGUCCGUGUGGGGCAACAGAUCCAAAAGACUCGCCCGAGGAAGGUCCAGUGAGUCGUAUCCACGCCGUAGUGCAGAAGAUUGUGUGAGCUCACUUGCUAACUAUUCAAUAUCAAGAGCAAAUGGAAACGCUGUUGAGGCUUCUUCAGAUGAAGAAAGUAAUUAUCAAGAUUGUCAUGUAAAUGCAUUUAAGGAAGAGAGUAGGGAUGUCGCCCCAUCCUGCACAUCUGCUUCUCCCAAUCCAGUGGAUGUCGAAUAUGACAAGUUUGGGGCAAAAAUAUCCAAAAACCACAAGUGCUCCAUGCCAAAGAACUACAUGACCAAAAGCAUGCUUUUCCUCAAUCAAGUAUCUCUGGAUGAGUGGAUCACACUAAGAGAGUUACUCGCUCGCUGUGGACUGGGGCUGACGGGGAAUGAGCUCUGGGCUCUCUGUUACACCUGCCUCUCAUCCCUGCAGACCUAUCUUGACUUUCCUGCUUUCUUAUCCCUGGACACAGUGUAUAUUAGCUUCCAGGGAGCGAUGCUUUUCUUGACACCUAAAAACUUUGUAUCUCGAGAUGCAUUGUAUCUUUCCCCUGAAUAUCAAAACCAUGGAAUAGUUACUGAAAAGGCUUGUGUUUAUGGGGUUGCUGCUGUCUUGUGGACAACAGCAAAGUUCACACUGUUGCCCAGUGAGAAGCUUGUAAUGCCUCGUAAACUGAAGCGACUUCUGCUUGACAUGGCCAACAGCACACCCAUCGAGAGACCUUCCAUUGCCAUGGCUAAACAGAGCUGUUGUGACUACUUAAGAAGUCAAGGGACAAAUGCUGAGAAUGUUUGGAACCAGCUCAUCAGCAGAGUUCAUUCGCCGAUGCUACUCUUUUUCCAGCCAGUUUCAAGAUCCACUGAUGGAGAAAAUUCGAGUGCUGAUGACACAAACCAAAGUUCCAGUAAAAAUACUCAAAUGAGCAGUGGACCAGUGGACUCCAGCACCCAGAGACCUUCAAUUUCACAACCAGGCUCUUUACCCCCAUCCUACUGGGGAGUACUUAGGUGUUUCAAUGGAAACAUGAAUGAAAACCAGCAAUUGUGUUCAUGUCUCUUUUCAUUUAUGUGCACUAAGGAAUCAAAAGAGGACCAACCCAUUGACAUGGACGACGGUUCAGACGCAGGGCUCACUGAGAGAGGAGACCAUUCUGCUGGGGUCAGUCAUGAAAGCUCUUCGGAAGCUGACUGUCAUUCCGAGGGGACGAGGAGUUUGGCUGAUACUUGUGAAGAACAGAUGAGUUUGGACCGCUCAGAAGAAAUGGACGAAAGCAAUUUUCUGCUUUCAGAGCAGACAUCCAGACCAGACCUGAACUUCAGGCCAGCCUGGGACUUGGCUUUCUUUGGAGAGGAUUGUUUUAGCGCAGAUGUGAUUGAAUAUGCCAUGAGUCUUGGCCAGUAUACAGAAUCGCCGUGCCUGGAUGUGAAAACACAGGAGCUGCAGCAGCAACUGAUCAUUGAAACAAGGAAUCUUAAGAAAAUGAGAACUUUCUACCAGAAACUGGUUCAGCAAGAGAAAAAAAAAGGUUUUGAGAACAAAGGGAUACUGUCCAAACUCAAGGCCCAGCUUGAAGAACUGAGAUCCAAAGUGAUCUUCUUGGAUAAUGUCAAGAAAUACCUAGAGGCAAAGAGUGUGGAUCAGUGGGGUUCAGACAUUGCAGUACUGACCUCUUUGUCUGCUUGUGGGCUGAACUCUUUGGCUGUCCAAACCUCCGAGGACACUUCCAUCUUGAGCUUUGCAACUUGCAAAGGAAAAAGAAAUCUGCAAGCAGGGACUUCUCUCGGUCUCAUGGCAUACCUGUAUGCAAGAAACGCUGCUUCAGAGGGGUUCAUCCAGCAGUUCCUGUAUACGUAUCGCUUUUUCUGCACUUCUGAGCAGUUACUGCAGUUUAUUAUGGAGAUGUUCAUCAGCGUAGUCAGAGACUUUCCAGAUAGAUCGGAAAGUCGUGCUAACAUCAUGCACCGCAGUUUGGACUUGUUGCACGUAUGGAUUAUGGAUUGCAAAACAGUUGACUUCAUGCCUAACUCCAACAUUGUGGAUGUUUUAGAAAACUUCCUUCAUAAUGUGGUAAUUCCAGCGGAUGUGCGAGGGCGGGUCCUACUUGCUGCUCUCCACAGUCCUCCAAGGACAAUUUGGAGCACAAGGAGAGAGAGUCAAAUUGGUUGUAUUGCGCAAUCCUUUUGGGGUCCAUUGUCGACUGAGGAUCAGGUGAAAAAGGAAACAGUGGUGGAAGCUUCAGCACCCAUUCCAAAAGAGAAGGCCUUCUCCAUAGCUGCAGCUCUGCCUGUGCCUUGCUCCAUCUCCCUGGCGUAUGACCCUUCCAGCAGUGAUGAGAAACUCACCUUCAGCCAGAAAAAUUACAGUGCAAAGCAUGUCGCUCAGCAACUCACCCUUCUGCAGCAGGACAUUUUCCACGGAUGUCAUCCGGUUCAUUUCCUCAACUCCAGAAUACAAGGCAUCAUUGAUAAGCCCUCAAGGAAAGACGACACCUCAAGUACUAGGUCCUCGCAAACUCCACCAGCAGAGGGCAGCAGCCUACCGCACGGAGGAACGUCAUCAGAGCCUUUCCUCCAGCAGCUGCUUGCUUACUCUGACAGUGUUAUGAAAUGGAUCGCCUGCGAAAUAGUCAUCUGCGACUCAGUCAAGGAACAAAUUGCCUUGCUAACAAAAUAUCUGUGGAUUGGGAAGCAUUGCUAUGAAUCCCGGAAUUUUGCAACAGCCAUGCAAGUCCUCGAAGGUUUGGAGAACGUGAUGGUCAGGCAAUUACCAGCUUGGAAACAUCUGUCUUCCAAGAUGCUUGAGAUUCUGGAGGAGCUACGAGCCGUACAGGUCUUCCUGAAGAGUGAUGACAUGUGUCUUAUUGCGGGAGAACACAAGAGAAGACCCACCCUGCCGUCAGCGCACAUCCUGGCCAUGCAUGUUCAACAGCUGGAAAUCGGAGGCUUCACGGUCACCAGCGGGGCAUUCAAGUGGCCAAAGCUUAGGAGAAUAGCGAAGGUGGUGAGUCAAGUCCACGCCUUCCAGGAGGUCAUUUUCACCUACGGCCCGGACCGGGACUUGCAGACCUACCUUCGCCACCGCAUCACCAAGCUUGGCAAUUCCGACAUACUCCUCCAGCCUGCUGCCGAUGAUGCUGAUUCCCAGCAGUCCACUGAUCGUCAAACAAGGAGGGUUCAGGCCACCCUGAAAAAGGUUAAAGCCUCCUUGCAGUGAGCUGUGCCCUGCCCCCCCCCCCCCUCAAGACCCCAGUCAGCAGCUCAUAGCUGAACCGCUGCAAUGAAUUCUCUGCUACCACGGCAGCAGAAUGUGAGACUUCUCCUUAACCUUCUAAACCAAAACAUUCGAUAUUAUCAGAUAAGACAGCCAGCUAGACUUUAGUUACAACCUUAAGAUGGUGGUGAAUCGGGUGUUGAGUAUACUCAAAAAGAAUGUCAUGUGCAUUUUUAAAUGUGAUUUAAUUUUCCUCACUGUAUGUAUAUUUAUUCGACACAAAACACAAACGGAUUCCAACAUAGAUCAUACCUACAGGACCACAGAGGGGCCUGUAUGAAGCCAGUCUUUUCAUAUACAGGCAUGGCUGGACGUAAAUGUUUAGACGAAACGUUUUAGCUGCAAGGUGAGAAACGAUCCAUAAAAGAAGCCAUGUGAGAAUUCAGCAGGAAACCCUCUCCACAUCAAAGAGUAUGUAUCAACUGUGUUGCUGUUUCAAAAUGGUUUGAGGUCUGCAUUCAUUCGUGUUUUCAGUAUAAAAGUGUGGAGUGAUGAGAAAAAGUUUCAUGUGACCUCAAAAGUAUCUACAUUGUUGAAUUAGCACAGGAUUUCUUUUUUUUUUUUUUUGCUUGAAAUUCUACUGAAUUGUGGAAACACACUCUGUUCACAAACACAAAUGUUGGCUGGUAGGAACACAUCUCAAAUAUGGAGCAUGUUUAAAAUCAGCUGGAUGAACAGUGAGAAGAGUUCAAUCUCACAGUGAUUUAAUCACAAAUGAGAACGGGUCUGGUCGUCUUCAAAAGGUCAUCUGGUUUAAGUCCAUCUAUCAAUUCUUUCUUUUUUUGGGAGGGUGUGGGGGGUUACUUUAAUCAUCCCCCAAAAGAAUGUUGCAUGUUUGUAUUGGGUUAGAAAAAAAUAUAUUGUUUAACCCUUUCAUGCAUCCUGUAUCCUGAUAACAUGAUAAGCACUCCACUGUAGUCACCGCUGUGCCUGAAAGAGUUAAAAAAUUAGCUUACUUGAUUAGUAAUUUUCAAAUACCAGUCAAAUACACAUUUAGGGGUAUAUCAUUUCAUAAAUAGCAAAUCAAUGUGGUUACUGAAGGCCUUAUUAUAACAGAGUAAGAAUGAAAUGGAUAACAGGUUGAGUUAUCGUAUGAAGUCUUGUUUUACUGCCUGUUCCCUCCACUGGACGCACACCUCAAAGGUGAAAGACACAAGAAGAUUGAAUGUGGCUUGUCACGUGAAUAUGAACAAGACCGAUUUGAAAUAGACACAUGACAUUUGGUCCCUCUCUGGCCAAAUAUGUUUUGGGUUCAUUCUAGUGUUGUACAUCAGCUUGUGAUUUUAUACAGUCGCUGCGGCUCUCACAUUGUGCUGCUUUGCAGAAUUGGUGUCUGUUACCUCUUAUGUAAUUUCUGAUUUUUUUUAGAUAUAUACUGUACAUAUACACACGUACAUACUGUAUUACAUACAGUAUUGCCAAAUCCAACUGCCUCACAAAAAUGACAAUGACAAAGUGUUUGAAUGGAUUUUCCCAAAGGGCAGAUUUGUCCUGAUUUCCGGCUAAACACGAUGCCAAUCAUGGACCAAUGUUUAACUUGUACUGAUUAUUAACCAUUAGACAGAUGUACAGGAAGAAUGACAAAUUUCAACGA